AGCAGAUGGUUGCCAAACUACGGGAGUGCUCAACGGAGGCGUCUGUCGCCGAUAACACUGUGUUGCAUCAGAUUCUGAUAGCCUACCAGUUUCCAGAAUGCCAUCCGAUUUCCUCACUCCGUUUUUGGAGCUGGACGAUGAGUUCUGCAAGAAUUUCCGCAGUCUGGACAUGACAGAUGGCGUACCACCCACCACACAGAGGCAGCGCGCCGUCGGCUUCCAGCGCAGACAUUCCCUUUGCCCGGUUACCCUGCCAAACUCCAAGUUCAACAGUGGCAGUUUCGAUACCAGCAGCGAGUCUCCUCUCUGGGCUCUCAGCACAGUCAGCCAGCAAUGGAACCAGCAGCAGCAGUUGCCCCGCUCCACUAUCAACCAGAUUCCCUUUCGGGUGGAUCGAUCAGUCAGCAUGAUUGAAGGCCACGUUAGCAGCCUGGGGAGCACCGAGCAACCACCGCCACAGACCACCUCCACUGUCCUCAUGCCCCCGCCAGGCCUGAGUAUAAGCACCAGUUCGCUGUCCUCCCCAAAGUCCCUGACGCCAACUCCUCCCAUCUCGACUCGUUACAAGACCGAGUUGUGCCGCACAUACGAAGAGAAUGGCACUUGCAAGUAUGGGGCCAAAUGUCAGUUCGCCCACGGCAUGGAUGAGCUGCGUGGUCUCAACAGGCAUCCAAAGUACAAGACGGAGCCAUGUCGCACCUUUCACACCAUCGGCUUCUGCCCCUACGGCGCACGCUGUCACUUUAUUCACAACGCCGACGAGCAGCUGGAUCAUGGCACGGCGCCAAACGCCCGGCAGAAGAUAAGAGAGCGACCGCAGCUCAUGCGUCAGAGCGUCAGCUUCGCCGGUUUCUCCUCGCAGCCGCUCACCGGCUUCCAAGCCGUCCACGAGCCCAUGACAUUCUCGAGGGCCUCUUCCGUGUCCCCACCCCCCUCGACCGGUAGCCCUGAUCUGCUCUCGCCGUUCUUCCCCGAGCCCCGGUCACUGAAACAAAGUUAUCCUCUCUCCGCCGACGUGGACGGCGACCACCACAUCAUCGCGAACCCCCGCGUGUUCAGACUCGCGGAUUCCAAAGUAAGCUCCGGUUUUGCGCCCAAGGCGGUGGCGCAGAACGGCCACCGCAACGCGUUCACAUUUACCGGCCUGCCUGCGCUCCAGCGCAGCACGUCUGCCGACUCUCUCUCCGACCAGGAGGGCUACACAAGCUCCAGCAGCCUCAGUGGUUGUGAGUCCCCAAGUUUUGAGGGCAGACGACUCCCCAUCUUUAGCCGCAUGUCUGUUUCAGACGACUAAAACUUUUUAAAUGUGUGCAUAUUGCAUUCUCAUCCCAGCAGGAGUUCUGCUUAGUGUUCGUAAAAGUUACUGUCAAACUCGUUGAUACAUAUAUCGUGUAUAUCAAAACAUUGGCAAUGUAUACUGUUGUAUACCCUUUUGAGCUACCGUGGUUAGGCUACUGCACAAAACAAAACAAACAGACAAAAAAAAAAAACGUUUUUCUUCUUACUUUCUAGAGAUCCUGUUUCAGGGUUGAUGUUGAAUUUACCCUCUGUAUGCUUCAUGAGGACUAACCCUUAGCACACAUGUUUGAGUCACUUACUCACAGUUUCACGUUAGUAAGUGGUUCGAUUUUCCCUGUCUGUAUAACCAAAGCUGCAACCUAGUUUAUAUUGUUUGUAGGUGGGGGAAAAUACUGUAAACAACGUAGCCUUUAGUUGAGGCACCUAAUGAACAGUAUUAUCGUGUAGUCUAACAGUAGGGCUUUCUAAGAUUUAUUUAUUGCUGUUUUGUAUGAUAUUCACAUUUUUUAUAACUUGGGUCUGCUUCAAAAAUAUGUAAUGCUCUAUUGUGGUCCACAUAGUUUGCUGUUGUUUUGAGCAGUUCUUUAGCUUUAAGUGAACACAACAACACAGGCGUCCUUGAAUGUUUGAUGUCUAAGGAUCAGUUUUCUUGUAGUCCAGAUGAUCACAACUUGUUCAUCUUGCAAGUCCUACAGUACAAUCAACAAAGGCUCACGGAAGUGUUCAUCACCCGAAACAAGAGAGAAAGAACAUGCCAAGUCAUAUGGCAGUUGACGCUCAUUUCAGACAGGAUGCUCAUUUAAGACAGGAUGCUCAUUUCAAAAUGUUUUUUAAGGUGUAUCCCAGCUGAUGUUUCUAUUCUAAAUGUAAGCCUCCAUUCUCAGCUGAGAAGAACAAACGUGUGUGAGUGUGUGUUCUUGUUUGUUUUUCUUUCUUUUUGAUUUCUUUUAAACAUGGCAGAUUGACAAUGUAUAAACACGUGCCACAAUGCCAUCUUGUAUAUCUUAAGAAUCUUGCACUCUAUGUUCAGAGGUGUGUCAUGUUUUGCAAGAGAAGAAUCAGUUACUCUGGAGUCUCCCUCUGUUGGGCAGCCAUUCUUGUCUGGUGUUCUGAUAAAGCUGUUGCCAUGGGCUUGCAAAAAAGAUCAACAUCCAUUGUGCCCUAACUGUGAGAAAACAUGCUUUCGCAUUUGUUAACUUAAAAAAAAAACUUAUUUAUUUUGGUUUGUUUUGAUUUUCUUCAAAGUGUCGAAAAGUAUAUAUUGUGUCAUUUUUUUUAUAUUGUUUUCUAUAUAAUUUAAGUGUAAUGUUUACAUUCCAUGGGAUAGUUGUCCCAGUUUUUAUUCUAAUAUAUUGUUGUUUUGUUCAAAAGUCAAAAAUAAACUUUUCAGAGGAAAA